CCCGAGAACUAGCGAAAUUUCAUGAGUUGUACCGAUUUUAGCUUAGAGAAUCACCAUUUUCCAGCUAGUUUGGAUAGAUAUUUCUUACUACAAGGAAGAAUACAAAAAUAAACACUGUACUCAACCCAUCUAUUCCGGAAAGUUCCCACCAGGAAAAUAUAACACUAUAGCAGAUUAUGGAAAGAUAGAAACGAAACGUCAAUUCUGUAACAAAACACCAUGACUACAGCAACUCUAUGCUCACCCUCCAGGGGGUGCAAGCGAAGAAGCGCACACUCGAUUACAUAUUCUGUAUUGAUAGUGACUGUCUUGUUGUGUGACAUCAUGAGUGUCAACAGCAUUGAGGAGACCAACGACAUCCAAUCAUUACUCAGAGAUGAACUGCCCAUGGCCACGGAUGCUAGUUGGAAUCUACCGGACACAAAGGCCACCGUCGGGAAGCUGUUCCAGUACAAUUUAGGGUUGAAAAAACAGAGUGGAAAAUACAAGAUAAAGGAGAUAAGUCGGGAUUCCUUGCCAACCUGGUUGACAUACGACACGUUGAGCGACCAGCUCGAGGGCGUCCCAUCCACAGAUGAUGUGGGGGAACACAAUAUAGCCCUCGUGCCAGAGGAACCACUAUCUGGCAUGGUGAAACACUUCUUCACAGUUGUCGUCAAAGAUGACCACUCACCGCAGCAGCUCCUCUACUCACCAAUGACCGAACGAACAAAAGUCUGGGAGAAUUGCCGUAGUGACGAUCCGGUCACCAUGACUAAGAUUAUCCUGGACGCUGACAUGGCGAGUCUGACCGGGAAUGACAGGGCAAAGGUUUUUAAUAGUAUCAUCAAUCAUCUGAGUGUAAGUCCGGAUUUCCUCCGCCUUCAUCCGCUCGGAGAUGAACCUGCUUAUGACAAGAGUGCUCUUGUUGCUGGGCCUGGUAACACACAGGAUCGUCAGAAACCUGGUGUUGUCCUAUCCUGGCAGAUUGGCUGCGGGAGUGUUGAUGCAGAGAACAUGGCAAUCCUUGAGAAGGUGGAGUCUUCAGCUCGUGAUGGGAGCAUGGCUAAGAUCAUUGGCCAUCCGAUUGUGGGGUGGAGUGUGACGAACAAUCGCCCUCAGUCAGUCCUGUUGUCACGUAAGAGGCGAGCCAUCCAAGCCACAGCAGCUUUAGAGGCAUCUCCUCCUACAAAGGUCACUGGAGGACAGACUGACACGGAGGAUUAUUUUGGUGAAACAGAGGAUGGAUUUUCGAGGAAUAUACCAAACAUGGCAUCGCCCAAACAGACAAAGCAUCAUCGCACAAAAACUGCCGGGCGCCACAUGCAUAAAAAAUCCCGUCGGCCUAAUGGCAAUAAAUACAAGAGCCCAAUGGCGACACCAUCAAUGACCCCUAUCGUGCCUACCGCUCAUAUCAAAGUUACAUCAACAAUGGUUGGUGUUGAGAUGCAGCCUUCGCGGAGUAAGAUUAUCUAUACAACUCCAUCACCGGAACAAGCAGUAUCUCGUACAGCAAUCCUGGUCCAACCGAGCAUGCCAGGUGAGCGCCCUCUUACGACCACAUCGUACACAGCACCUCUACCGACGCCGUUCUUACCGACAUAUACUCAGUUCCCAUCAAUGCCAUCGACCUCGGAGCCGACGAUCACAAGUACCAGCACUGAGAUCAAGCCGUCGAGAUCCAAGGAGAAGACGAAGCCAUCCAAAGAACCUGUGUCACCUGAACCUGAGAAGAACAAGACCCCUUUUCCCAACAAGAGGGUGUUCAAGAGAAUCGAUGGCAACUUUGGCCGGAUGAUCAGCAUCAAGAUCCCACCGGAGCUGUUCAAGGAUGAAGAGGAUGGAGACACGAGGAACCUGAAACUGAUGCUGUUACGUGAGCACAUGAGUGUGCCGCGAUCUCAUUGGCUCCAGCUGAAGGAAAAGCAGCAGAUACUUCAGGGCGUGUUGCUCCCGCAAAAAUCACGUGGUGGAAAGAUGCCACGCAAGUUAGAGUUCAAUUAUGAAUUAGCCGCAAUUGAUAGCGGUGGGAAGAUCGCUCGUACACCACUUCAAGUUGUUAUGAAGAGAUUACCCCAUAUUAAUAAGAUAAAUCAUGAGUUUAUGAUCUCCAUCGACUUUGAUUAUAACAUCUUCAAGGAUAACGUGGUGAAUAGCUUGACGGUUGUUAAUAAGAUUGCUCGCCUCUAUGGCGAUAAUAAUGCUGAUAAUAUCAUCAUCACCAGCCUGAAUCCAGGCUCGGUUUUAUUUUCCUGGACAAACACGAGCGUGGAGAUGGCCCCCUGCCCUGCGCUGGAAAUCAACCAGUUGCUGUCUUACAUCAUAACCGAUAAGAAGACACUGACACAAUCAUUCGUGGACAUCAUGCGGCCGUACCGCAUCAAGACAGCUGGUGCUCGGGCCCUAGGCGCCUGCCAGGGCUUGAUCUUUAAAGCUAUCGGCAAGAGUGCAGACGGUGAUGAUGGCAUAGUUGUCGUGCAAAACAUGGAUGACAAAACACCAUACGUUGUGAGCCCAGAAACUGGCCAAUCAGAAGACGGCAAAUCACGUGAGACAAGUGAGGAUAAUUUGUUAAUCACCACCGUUGUGCCUGCGGUUGUGAUCGCGGCUAUGAUUCUGUUGGCCGCAAUCAUUGCGUGCGUUUUGUAUCGUAAAAAACACAAGGGGAAACUCUCCCAUGAAGACAAGCAUACGUUCGUCAACAAGGGCAUACCGGUCAUCUUCGCCGAUGAGUUAGAAGAUAAACCAGACCCACCAACGAAACCGCUCAUCAUGCCUGAGGAGAAGCCCCCCUUGCCACCACCUGAGUACCACCGCUCCGGUAGCAUCCCACCCUCUCCACCAUCAGAUCAUAAGGAUCCGAUCGAAUCCACCGAGGAUGAGCGUGAUUAUGACGAUCGCGACAAUUCGCCACCAUACCAGCCUCCACCACCAUUCAUGUCUGCGGAUCAUCGCCAGCAACGCCCACGCCAGGUUCAGAUGCACCGCUCACCGCCACCAUAUGUACCACCCUAAUGACUCCGCUUUCCCAGCUUAUGUGUUCUUACCACGAUUCUGUUUUAUUUUCUAUGUGGAAAAGUUCAACAAUGUCAUCAGCUCGUUAGCAAGGUGAACAUUAGGUAAUCACUUUUAACACGGUGAAACUGCCAGUCAGCCAGUCGACACCUAUUAUCGCUGACGAUUCUAUAUUUUUGUUAUGUGGAACAGUUUAAACAGUGACUUAACCCAUUGGCUUAAUGUGGAAGGCCAUCAUUGCGAGGAGAACACAGUCAUCGAUCACCUCAUUUGUUUAGAUGUCCUGCUGAUAUCUAACAUACCAAUAUCAUGAACCAUGUCUUUGGUACCAAUGUCUUUGUUUCAAUGUCCGCUAUGAUAUACAAUGGACGUCAUGCUAGAUUAUUAUACAAUUGACGUCAUGCUUAUCGAAGGAGUGCUUGCAAGAACCAGUCAUCCACACUUUUUACACGCAAGUGCACAAAAAAAAUUUAUUACAGAUUUGUUAAAACAGCAGUGUGGGUUUCUUGCACGUACCCUUCAAUUGAAUAAUGAGAAGACACCCAAACAAUGUUGAAAGAUGCUAAAGUAUGGUGUGGACAGGUGGAUUCUGAUUCAUCGAGUAACUUGAUUUGACUGAUGAUUCUUGUCAGUAUGUUGGUAGCGACUUUAAUAGCCAUCAGUUGACCCGCAGAAGUAGAGGGAACAUUUUUACUUCUGGAGAUAAAGGCAGAAUGCUGGUUGUCAGGUGAAGAACAGUCCUGCUGAGGACUUGUAACUGAUCACCCGAGUUCAUAGCCAGGCCUUAUCCUGACGAUAAUUUGGUUACCUUAUUUUUCAAUCGCUGGUGUUUUUUUCAAAAGAAUUUUCAAACUGUUUUCUUCUUCUUAGGAAAGGAAUUUUAGUGAGGUCAAUUUUUUUCUUCACAUUUCGAAAAGUUUUUUUUGGUGUUCCUUCAUGUAUUUUAGAUGUAAAGCUUGGAAACUAUAUCUGGUAGAGAAGGUACGCAAUGACGAUGUCACCAGAACUCCCAGUCAAAAAGGGCUAUGGGCUCUGUCUGACAGUAUACACAGAACCAGUAUGGAAAGGAUUCUGAUGAAGUGUUGUUUUAUAUUGAUCAGGUGUCUCCAUUUAACGAACUCUGCAAUGUUACAUAUUCUCCUGCUAGGAACUUGAAUGGAUCUUUUACAAACUAAGAAAAACCUACUUUUAGUGUUUGUGCGGAAAUACAACAAAAACUUGUUUUGAUGCUGUGGCAUUUUCUAUCAUGAUCGCGUUUCAAAAGAGCUGUUGCCAUGGUUACAGUGGUGUCUCUGGCAAAAAGCUGACAGUGUGAGUGUCGGGGGGUUUUGCAUGCAACAGCUAUCACAUGUACUUGAUUUUUUCUGAGUUUUGACAUCAUAUUAGUUGUCAUGACACCCUUUCUGGGCUAUUUAGCCUGAGCGCUAUUGUGUCGCGUUUUGGAGCAUUAAUCAGGUACACAAUCUAAGAUAUUCGUAGUAUGGCCAGGCUAGGGCUCCAGUUUUGAUCCGUUUGUAAUUUGCUACAGAUUCUAAUUUGAUUGUGGGCUUAGGUUAUUUUUGGGCUACCCUGUAGGGAAUACUUCUGUCUUUAUUAAUGUGUCCUUAAAUGGCAUGAACCCUUGUCAUAACCGCUUUCUUAUGCCACAGGGGUUUCAUUAUCCUGAUUACUAUGAAACAGUUUGAAAUCGGAUGGUGAUGUUGUGUUAUCAUGUUCAAAUUAUCGAUUUUAUUGGCUCAUUAUUGAUACAGUGAGUGACGAGGUGAUGAUCCAACAUUGAUUCAAGUAAUGACGGGUUUCCUUGACGAUGAGAAAGGUAGCAGCCAUUGAUAUGCUGGGGAGCACACAUUAUUCAUGUGGAACACAAAGAGGAGGUUUCAUAAACACGUAUCACGCGUUCUGUUUCUGGUAAGCAGUGUUAAUGGAAAGUCAGAUUGCAGGGAAUAGCAUUUUUUUGGUCAUUUUAUAGUAGAUUUUGUAUGGGCUCAUGUAUGGGCUCAUGUAUGGGCUCAUGUAUGGGCUCAUGUAUGGUCUCAUGUAUGGGCUCAUGUAUGGUCUCAUGUAUGGGCUCAUGUAUGGGCUCAUGUAUGGUCUCAUGUAUGGUCUCAUGUAUGGGCUCAUGUAUGGGCUCAUGUAUGGGCUCAUGUAUGGGCUCAUGUAUGGGCUCCAUAAUAAUUCACUGGUCUUGAAAGUGGUUUAAUGUUGAAAGCCAAGGCAGCCUGGCCAAACAAGAUUGGAAGGUUUGGGGUUGUAUCAAGAUGGCACUCAAAACAGUCGUUUCUUAUGAACAUGAACUCUACCAACAAGUCAAGUCUUCUCGAUUACUAAAUGAUCAAAUUUCUGUACAGAUAUACCGGUAAUUGAUUAUGUAAAUGUAAUUUACGAUCUGCAAUGUUGUCAAGUUCACUAGUUACUGAUUCACAACACAUGAGUAGGUUUAGAUGUUACUUUCUCUCAAAACUUGUAGGUAUUUAUAAUGAUUGUGUAAGUUUUGUCAUCGCAUAUCCUUUUUUCAGAAUUUUUUUUGAUUUCUUGCCUUAAACCGGCUUUUCUCUUGCCGACUUUGGCAUUCCCUUCUUCGCACAGAAGAGAUGAUUUGUGAAUCAAUCAGCUAGAAAUGAAAAGUAAGAACAGUCCUUCGGUGAUCUGUGAUGGGAUUCAUUACAGGGUUCUGAAGUAGAGAUCUUACAUCUUGAAGAGAUUGUCUUCAGGAGACUUCUAGACAAGAGUCUCCUGGUUUGUGCAAGAAAGCGUGACUUUGGCGAGAGUAAAGGGGUUCGAGGUGAGUGUCCCAGGUUGCAUUUGACAACAUUAGUGACCUUUUCCGAUUUGAUCUUCGGUGCAUAGACUGUUUCGAUGAGCUUUAAGAAUUUAAGUGAAAAUUAGAUGUGAACGGCAAACAAAACUAGGUCCUGUUUUCGGAGGAUCAGCUAUCAUAUAAAUUAAUCAUGUACAUUUUCAUAGGUAAACUGUGUAUUUAGAUGAAUAAAGGCAUUUGUAUCUAUAAUAUUUCUAUUCAGCUAGUACAUGUAUGAUGGGUGUAUAGAUGUAUAGAUGUGAGCCUAUAUCAUGUAUCAAUCAGCUCUGUAUUAUGCAAAGUUGGUUGGUGCCACCUGUGUUCACUGGACAUGUGAACACAUCAUUAUUCAGGUGGUGUGGGUCAGGUUAGUUUGGUCAACCAUCAUGUGUAUGUAUACCUCUGUAUCAUGAAACGCUUCUUGUCAUCACAGUCAUUAUUAGUGUCCGUUACAGUUUUUGGGGGCGCCACAUGUCUUGCAGGAAUGUAUAGCCGUUUUGAAAUGAUUGAUCACAGCGCCACCACUCAGUUUCCUUGGGAACUCUCAAAUCCAGGGAACGUAGGAUUGCUUUUUAUCAAAUAUAAAUCUAGAUAUUGUUUAAUCAGUUCAUAGUAACAUUUGAUCGCCUUCACAAUUGUCUUACUUGAAACACUUUUCCAAUGGAACCAUUCCAGUCAAAUAUUGCCUCAUUCAAAUCCAUUCUCCAGCCUUGUAAUACUGGCACGGAGGGCAACUACUAGGCUUAGCUUAUUACUCCCAGGCUUGAAUAAUAAGAAACCUUUGUAUGAUACUGGGUCAGUCAAAACAUCAGAAACAUAACAGCUGCCCAAUUUGCUGGUAUGCCAUGGCCAGCAGAGCGAUGUUAACAUUUUCAAAUCCAUGCUUCCCCAUCACUGGCAUUAUUGGUGUUGAAUUCAGACGAAUCCUAUGAUUAUGAUCAAUGCUCCAAGUUAACAUGUUUCAUAUUAUGACAUGUCUAUCUUCAUAAUGUGUACAUCUUUCCCACUGUUCAUAAAUAGUUUACCAAUAUAAUAAAAACAUUUGCUAAAAA